AAGAUUUGGUCCGGUUAAGGGAACUUCGAACGACAACCUCACCCAAGCAGACGACCCCCGACCCAACUAACCCCGACAGCAGUUCUCAUCACCAACCGCCAAAAUGAGAACCUACGACGACACAUUCUCGGGCCAGAGAAUCUACCCUGGCAAGGGUAAGAUUUACGUCCGUGGCGACAGCAAGAUCUUCCGUUUCCAGAAUGGAAAGUCGGAGUCGCUCUUCCUCCAGCGCAAGAACCCCCGUCGCAUUGCAUGGACUGUUCUUUUCCGAAGACAGCACCGCAAGGGUAUUACUGAGGAAGCUGCCAAGAAGCGAACUCGCCGUACCGUCAAGGCCCAGCGUGCCAUCGUUGGUGCUUCUCUCGAUGUUAUCAAGGAGCGCCGUACCAUGAGACCCGAGGCUCGCUCUGCUCAACGCUCGCAAGCCCUCAAGGACGCCAAGGAGAAGAAGGCUGCCGCCGAUGCCGCCAAGAAGGAGGAGAAGGCCAAGCGUGCCACCGGCGCAUCCAAGGGACAGACUCAGCGCAUUGUCGGCAAGCAGGGUGCCAAGGGCGCACAACAGAAGGUCAAGGCCACCACCCGCUAAGCGAGGGGAUGCUCUGACUGACUGGGUAAUGCGGGAGUUGCGUUUCUUCACGGAUGAGGAAAAGGCUACAAAACGAAAGACAUGUACAUGGCGGCGUCAUAUGGUCGAGGGGAUCACGACUGUCUUUCCGACAGAACCACUACAUCUCUCAGGGUUGCGGAUUGCAUGCAUGGAUUUCACUCAUGGGUCAUGAGAUUUCGCAUAGGUAGCAGCUCGUAAUGCCAUUACCUUUGCCUACGA